AUGGAACUUAAGGAUCUGGCUCCGCUGCUGCUCCAAAAGGAACGUGCUAACGGCGAUAUCAAUCCCGCCGUACUUACUCACAGUAUACGUGGUGACAAGUUUACCAACAAUCGUCGCAAACAGCUCGUUGCUAUGAUCGAGCACCAUCCAGUGCUUUCAGAUCGAGAUAUGAUGUUUCGUAACCACACAGAACGGUAUAUCUUUGGUUUAAAGAAGGCGUAUCAUUUCGUUCAAUUCCUUCAAGAGCAUCAAAUUACGGACAAAAAGGAGCAAAGUAUUGUGUACGCCGCACUUGGUGAACCUUUGUGCAUUGAUGUCCAUGUAUCCAUGUUUAUUCCGACGCUAGAAAACCAAGGAACUGACGAACAACGUGCCAAAUGGUUACCCCUUGCAAAAAGCUUUAAGAUUUUCGGUGCGUAUGCGCAGACAGAAUUGGGCCAUGGAUCAAAUGUGCAGGGUCUAGAAACUGUCGCGACAUAUGAUAAAGCCACUCAUGAAUUCAUCAUUAAUUCUCCAACUCUUACAAGUCAAAAGUGGUGGCCUGGAGGCUUAGGAAAGACAGCAACUCAUGCAAUUGUCCAUGCAAGGCUUUAUCUCGAUGGAACAGACGUGGGUAUUCAAGCAUUUUUGGUCCAAAUUCGGUCACUAAAAGAUCACCAGCCUUUAUCAGGGAUUACAAUUGGGGAUAUUGGUCCAAAAGUUGGAUUUAAUGCUAUUGAUAAUGGAUAUUGUUCAUUCCAGCAAACGAGAAUUCCUCGUGAAAACAUGUUGAUGCGAUAUGCCAAAGUACUGCCAAAUGGAUCGUUUGUCAAGCCACAGAGUGAUAAACUUGUAUACUUGACCAUGGUGCAUGUCCGAACAAAUUUGAUUGAGAACUUUGCAGUUAUGAUGGCUAAAGCUGUAACAAUCACGACUAGAUUUAGUGCCGCUCGUGUUCAGGGACGUAAGCCACAAAGUAAGGGUGAAUAUCAAGUCUUGGAAUAUCAAAAUCAGCAACAAAAGUUGUUUCCGUUCAUUGCAAUAGCAUACGCUGCCAAGUUUGCAGCACGUCAUAUGAUCACACGACAUAAUGACGCAGUCGAGUUGGUUAAGAGUGGAGAUGCAGCUUUUAGUCAAAAAUUAGCAACACUACAUGCCGUUUCGUCGGGAUUGAAAGCGUGGCUUGCUGAAACAGUCAGUGAUGGUAUUGAAUCGUGUCGUCGCUUGUGUGGAGGCCAUGGCUUCUUACAGUCCAGCAAUCUAGCACAUAUGUUUGCUGAAACCGUAGGCGCUAACACAUUUGAAGGGACAUUUGAUGUGUUGGUACAACAACAUGCGCAGUAUCUGUUAAAGGUCUUGGCUCGAGUCAAGACGCUUGAUCAAAGCGAACCUACAACCCAAUUUCUUGUCAGAAUAAAAAAAUAUUGCGAUCCGAAGCUACGCUUUUCGGGUCAAACGCGUGAAAGUUUCGACAAUUUCAAUCUACUUGUCGAGGCUUUUGAGGUCCGUGCUACACGCCUUUUAGUCCAGUUGGCUAAUCAAUUAAAAGCUGCAAACAACAAUAGCAACGCUUGCAUGGUGCAGAUGUCACGCGUCUCGAUCGCACACACGGAAUUGAUGCUACUUGAAGCAUUGAUUCACGGUGUCAAUACACUACCUCCUGGUCCUGAACAGCAGUCGGUAGGUCACUUGUGCACGCUGCUUGGUCUGUGGCUCAUCACAAAGUCACUUGGAGAAUUUCGUCAUCACGACUACUUUUCCUCUUACCAAGUUGAUCUCAUUCACGAACAGAUCUUGCAUCUUCUUCCAAUCAUCCGAAGAAAUUGUGUGCUGCUCACGGAUGCUUGGGACUUUAGUGAUUUUGAACUUAGCUCGACUAUUGGUCGCUAUGAUGGUGACAUCUAUCGCGCGCUAGUCCAACGUGCUGCUGAUGAGCCGCUAAACAAGACGUCAGUUCCUGAGGGGUACGACAAGUAUUUGAAACCUCUGAUCCAGUCGAAUUUGUAG